GAUUUAUUAUCUACAAGCUGUUGAAAUACCAGUGCUCAGGUGCGACAUAUACUGGGGCACAUUUAACAAUGUUUCUACACCAGGAAUUGUUCCUCUACUGCUAAGACAAAGGACCCGGAUUACGUGGGCGAGUCUCACGUCGCAAUGUCCUCAAACAACAAGCGACCAAAGAGAAAUCCAAAGAGAGCGGCGAAGGAUCCUUGGGCUGAGGACAAGUUGAUGACGAGUACAUCUUCCAACCUUAUAUAUCUGGACCUUGUGAAAUUACUCGCCAACCCCGAAGCCUGGAACUGCCUUGAGGAGUCUGAAAAACGAGAAAUACUCGAUCUACUUCCUGAAGACCUACAUCCGAACCCAGACCCUUCACCAGAUGAUCCUGAUGCAAAGAUACCCCCUUUACCAGAAGAGUUCCUACGUUACUCCAAUAAUUGGCGAGACGGCAUUCGUCACUUUCAGCUAGAUCUUCAAAAUGGACGCUACGAUCCCGUUUGGCUGCGAGAGGCAGGACAAGCCAUGCAGCAGCGGGCGGAUGGGAAGUUUGACAAGUUUAAAGAAGAAGAGUUUGAGCAGUUUUGGGGGCAGAAACAGAAGAUGGACAAGACGCUGGUCGCAGGACAGAGUCGCCAGGUCAGAUUGAGCACCCUUAUUAACAAUGGCAUUGUUCUUGUAGGCGAUGUUUGGAAAUAUUCUCGAGCUUUCAAGAGUAAAGAUAACCUCCUAGUGGAGAAAGAAGCCAGGAUAGUGGAUAUCCAAAAUGGCCAGUUAACAUUCGAAUUGCCCCCUGGCCAACGGGUGUUUCUUCCUGCUCCCCAGACCUUACCCUUGAAGGGCUCACACGCCCUAGUUAUGGGGGAAAUCGAGAAACCAGGAGUCGUUACAACGACUACUGCUGAGAUAGAGCAAGUUAGGACGGCUGAAACAAGUGCGGGCACGCAUUCAGAUACUAAUCCUACGGAAGAGGCUGGAUCCUUUAACAAGCGUAAAUCAGAGAUAAAGAUGGAAUCUCGCAAGAGAGGCCGUGGCAGAAAGCCCCAGGUACAGACAUCCAAGGACCUCGAAGUUGACCAAGUGAAAGCAUCCACCAAAAUCACAAGACCUACUCAAGUGACAGUAGAAAUCACCAAUCCGCCACCGACAGAAGCUAACGUGACUACCUCUGUAAUGACUCAAACCACUACGACGGAGCGGGACGGCCACAAUCUGGAACUUGUUUCUGAACAGCCUUCCGCGACUGUUGAAGAUGCAGCCCCACAACUGCCAAUCGUUGAAGGCACAUCAGAAGAACCUGGGAUGAUCACGGUCUCAGGUAUCACGGGACCCAGCGCAAUUGCAACUAAAAUCUUAGAAGCUGACGGCCGGGCCGGAAAAGUCCCACACGGAAAUGCCUGGAAAGAGUUCCGGGCGUACAGAAAUAAUCAGGAUAUGGGUAGCUUAUGGGAGGUUAGACAAGCUUGGUUUCUGAGGAACAAUUCGUUGGCCAAUUGACUUUAGAGAGCUGUGAGCUUGAUUUUAUUAUCUUCUUCUGAGGGCACCUAACAGGAAAGUACUGUCCCUGUGCCAAUUCUCACGUCUGAUAUGCGGGUUCAUGUUUCUUUCUU